CGACGAAAUUAACGUGUUGGAAGGUAAGGAACAUGCCUGGUGGGAGGUCAGCAGCCAGCCUGCACUCGGACAGCAGUGAUGUGGACGUGGAGGGGAUAGCAGACACGGAGCUGUCCAGACUGCAGAGACAGUUUCGUAUAAUGGAGGGGGACCGGCAGGCUUACAGCGUCGAGUCUCAGGAGCUCAUCAGAAAGCAGCUGGCGGAGAUCGAGGCGCUGGAGAGCGAGCGCAGCAACAUCAUUAAGAACCUGCGUCUGUCGGAGAGCCGUGUGAAUCUGCAGCGGGACCAGGACAACAAGCAGAGCCUGCUGUGCAUGCUGGAGUACAAGGAUGAGCUGGAGGAGCAGCUGGGCUGGGAGAGGCAGGCUCUGAGAGAGCUGGACCAGGAGAUCCGGCUCUGGGAGCGCAGGCUGCUGGAGCAGCGCAGGGAGACAGGCGGCUCUCAGGGGAGGCAGCAGCAGCAGCAGCUCCAGACACUUCGGACCAAACGCACCCUGGAGAACAGGCUGGACAGGGCCCUGACCAGGUUCAGCACCCAGCUGGUGAAGAACGGGCUGCUGCGGGAGGAGCUGGAGACACUGAGGGGGGAGCGGGUUCGAUUUGAACAGCUGCACCGCAAACUGGAGAGGGAGCUGCAGGCAACACGCAAGGAGAUCGGUGCCGUGAUCGACACGUCAACAGCAGCAUACGACAGCAGGGUGGAGGCGCAGUCAAAGGUGGUCCUGCUGAAGGACAAGGCUGAGAAGGACGUCUCGCAGCACAGCUCUGAGGUGAAGGAGCUGGAGCGCGUCAUCGACCAUGACAGGAAGCUGAAGGAGUUCAUGGGGGUCAAGUCUCACGAGCGAGCCCUGGAAGAGGAAGCAAUGGACGCCAACAAGAGACAAGAGUGUGAGGAGCACGAGCGCAGGAAGAGAAACCUGCAAGAGGACAGCGGAGAAACCUAUGAGACUGCGUUCAGCCAGAUUACAGAGCGGACCGGGGAGCAGGACCUGGGAGUGCUGGUCUCAAAAUUCAUUGAGGUUGAAGACAAGAACUUCGCUCUGUUCAACUACGUGAACGAGCAGAACAACGAGUGCCAGAGAGUGCAGGGGGACAUAGACGAGAUCCUCCAGGAGGUGGCGCUAUUUCGUGCGCAGGGGCUGCGUUUGGAGGGGCAGCAUCGGGCCGUGCUGAGAGACAUGGAGCUGAGGCAGGAGGAGGCAGCCAGGCAGGCACAGGACUACGAGCAGAGGGGCAGCGAGGUCGGGAAGAUCCUGGACCAGCUGAAAACAGGCGUGUCCUCCCUGUUCGGUAAGCUUGAUUGUGACUGCACUGUGAUUGAGGAGAUGCUGGGAGCCGCCGCUGGGAUCCGGGACACAAACAUCAUGACCUACCUGGGGCUGGUGGAGCAGAAAACCAACGAGCUGCUGAGUGUGCAGAACUACCUGGACUCCAAGGUACCCUGAUACCCGACACACUGAGACUCACGCACACCCCCCGAUACACUGAGACUCACGCACACACCCCGAUACACUGAGACUCACGCACACCCCCCGAUACACUGAGACUCACGCACACACUCCGAUACACUGAGACUCACGCACACACCCCCCGAUACACUGAGACUCACGCACACACCC